CCGGGGAGUUUUGGGGUCGGGAGAGGGGGCCCCGACAAGUGGCGACCCUCGGCCCCUCGAAGAGAGACGCUGAAGUAAAUGUAACCCCGCUAAGGUUUGUGCUUGCCCAGCAUGUCCGGCGAGCUGACCGAAAGUGUCAUCAAGGGAAUAAUCCGCAAAGUCGGACUGGAGUGCGCUGCCCGGGGACAAACCCUGUCCGAAACCUUGGUGGCGUUCAUGGUGAGAGCUGUUGUUUUAGAUCCAAGAAAUGGCUUUAAUAUGGAUCAAAUCCUUACAGAAAAAGAUGUGCAAGAUCUCAUCCAGCUCUCUGUUACCAGACUGCUUGACACAACAAAUCCAUCCCUGAGCACAAUUAAGAUGCAAGUUUACUUUGAUAUGAACUAUGCCAACCGAGCUGAAUUACUCCACGAGCAGCAGCGCAUUCUGGAAGGAAAACUGGCUCCUGUGGUCAGAGAUAUCACAGAUAAAUGUCCUCCUGUGCAAGAAGAAAUAGAGAAAGCGUAUCAAAAUAUUGUUAGCUAUGCACUGCUGAGCUCUGGCCUGGGAUCCCCUACAGAUAUCGAGGCUGUCAGGGAGGUAACAGCUGCCUUGCAGAGUGUAUUCCCCCAGACAGAGAUGACUGCUUUCAUUUCACUCAAUAAGAAGGACAAAGAACAACAGCUGAAAAAUCUUGCCAUGCUAGUCACAGGAAUUCGGCUGUACAACAGGGAGUGCAGGAAAGGAGGAAGGGGCAUUGACGACUUGCCAGCCAUUCUGAAUGAAGCCAUUCCAUCAGCUACACAGACUGUCGAUGAAGGUCUUAAUACCUGCCACAUGCUAGCUCACAAGUACACAGCUCUGUUGGAAUCCAUGCAGGAAGACUCCCACAGAUAUAUGCAGCUUAGUUCGUUUAAAUUAAAAGAAGCACUUUUCAAUGUGAGACAAUAUGAGGCCUUCCUUUGCAUCCUUAUGUCUGAUGCAAUUACCAGUGCUCAAGAAGUUGAAACAUUGAGUGUUCAGUUUGAAGCAACAAUGAUGCAAUUGAAAAACACAGUGCAGGAUAAGAUUUCUGUAGAUUCCAAAGAAGUUUUUAAGCUGUCUGCUGUUGUCUGCUGCCUUCCUAGAUUUUUUUUCUCUCUUCAGCCUCUCUUCCUUGAACUUUCUAAACUCUGGACCAGCUUUCAGGAUGAAAUGCUACUGCUAAGCUUCCUCACAAGUAUGACUAGCAAUCUCCAACAGUUCUUGGAAAUCCAGUCGCAGCUUUUUCCUGAGGAAGUGCUAACACCUCUUCUGGAAGGAGUGACUGUGAAAAGUGAUGAGGAAAGGAUAAAAGAAACCAUGGGAACCAAAGUGAAUGUUUCUGAUUUCAAGAACCAAGAAUGGCUUUUUCCAGAGACUACUGAUAAUUUUGAUCAGUUGCUAAUCCAGUACCAUAGUUUCUGUGCACAUGCAAUUGGUGUGAAAGGCCUCACCCUACCAGUUUUUUCCUCUUUUUUAGGAAAUCCUGCUAUUGGAAUUUUGAAGCACAAGGCGAAAUGUUAUGUUUUCAGUUCCAAAGAAGCUGCAUACAGCUUUGCUCAAGAUCCAGAUAAAUUCAUUCAGUUGAAUGUAGAAAAAGCAAAAGAAUAUGCAGAGCUAAUUCAAUUGCUUGAGCUCCGUCAUCAGUUUGAAUACCUUUUUCCUCAUGCACAGGCCAGAACUGCAGACAAAUGUUUGAUGAAACCAACUGCAAAAUGUGACAGUAGUACUCAAACUGAUACUCAUAUCUUGCCUCCAACUAUUGUGAGAUCCUAUGAAUGGAAUGAAUGGGAACUGAGAAGAAAAGCUAUAAAAUUGGCCAAUUUGCGUCGCAAAUUAACUCAUGCCAUGCAGACUGAUCUCAGCCAUAUGAAAAGAGAGAACUUCACCCAAGUGUACUUGCCAAAAGGUGUCGGCACCCAGACCAAGCGUGACAACUCCAGCAAUGUACCCAGACCACAGAUUUUCUUGAAAGGUCUCCGAGGACAAUCCUCUCCUACUACUCAUAUGGUCAAAGUAGACUUAACAAGAGCAGUAGAUGAAACCUAAGUGGAAAUGAGAAACCUAAAGACACAUAUUGAAUGUGUAUAUAAAAAUCCCUGAAUAUAUCUGAAUUAAGGUAUUAAAGAUUUUGCUGUGUCUGUUGA